AUGUCAGUGUCAGUCCCGUACAUUAAUUGUUUUUGGAUUUGGAUCUCCUCUACCGAAUUUAACUAGUUUUAAUGUCUUUUACAAUUAGAAACCUAUCAAGAAUAGCGAAGCAAUGUUACAGAACCUACAAAGAUAUGGCUAAAGACAGUUAUCGGAAACUGCAGUUGUGCGGUACGGAGGAGGAGAUGCGUGACGUGGCGGCGAGGAUCUGCAGGAACUACCUCCACGGAGCCUGGAAGACGGUAGACCCCUCGGAGCUGGACUUCAAGAGGAUCAGUGGCGGGCUGUCAAACUUCCUGUACUACGUGGCGUUGCCAGACGACAUAACCAAGGCCAAGCUGCGGGAGUCCAUGUCGGUGGAUGACACCAGCUACAUGGGCGGCGUCAUGAGCAGGUCCUUCUCCGGCGAGGAACCUAAAAAGGUUUUGCUCAGGAUAUACGGUCAGGUGCACGGGCAGCGCGCCAUGGACGCGAUCGUGACAGAAUCUGUCAUUUUCACGCUGCUGUCAGAGAGGCGGCUUGGGCCCAAACUGUGGGGCGUGUUUUCUGGGGGCAGGAUUGAGGAGUACAUUCCUGCCCGGUCCCUCCUAACGAAAGAGCUGGCCGAGCCGGCGCUCUCCAUGAAGAUAGCCGAAAAGAUGGCCGCCAUACAUUCCAUGGACAUACCCUUGUCGAAGGAACCCAACUGGCUGUGGAAAACCAUGGGAAAGUGGAUCAAGACUGCUAAAGAGGAGAGGCUCACCGGAACAGGCAAGAAUGAAGAGGAAAACAACAUCAUAAAACGCCUGAGAGCAGUAGAUUUUGAGAAGGAGGUGGAAUGGCUAAAGAAGUUCCUGUCCACAGUCGAUUCCCCCGUAGUAUUCUGCCACAACGAUUUGCAGGAGGGUAACAUUCUAUUACUAGAAGACGUUCACACAGACGAAGAACCGACAUACAGACUACACUCAUACCAAGAAGACAGUCCCAGAAAAUCCUUCGACCUCUCGCAGUACGAAGACGCUAACACUGUCGAUUCAGAGUCCAGCCACAUUUCCGACUCAGGCGAACCGAAGCUCGUACUGAUAGACUUCGAGUACUGUGCGUACAACCACAGGGGGUUCGACAUUGCCAACCAUUUCCAAGAGUGGGGUUUCGACUAUACCAAUCCGGAGCACCCUUAUUAUUAUGAAAAUCAGGAGAAUCACCCGAAUUUGGAGCAAAAGGAAAUAUUCAUCCGUGAAUACCUGAAGCAUUACAACUACUACGCGAACGACGCGAAGGACGCAACGCCAUCUAUCGACGACGUGAACCAUCUACUCAACGAGGUUGAUGCGUUCACGAUCGCGACCCAUCUGUUGUGGUGUCUAUGGUCCAUCGUCAACGCCAGUAAAAGUCAGAUCCCCUUCGGUUAUUGGGAAUUCGCUAUGACCCGGCUUGAAUCGUACAUCCGGAUGAAACAGGAAGUGAAGAAAGACAAAUUCGGACCACAGAAGAGAAAGAUCUGCGAGGUUGACAUAUGAGUGCAGUGCGAUACGCUAUCUGUGGAAUCCUUGAACGUUUGACACUUAAAUAUGUAUAUAAUAUACCAAUAGGUACCAGUAAGGCGAC